UGGCAUGGCUGACUCACCUUGUUGUGCUGUCACACCGUUUCGAUUUUGCGCCUAUUGAUUGUUUAUUGUUUACGGAAAAUGUCGAGCAGAAGCAGGAAACGAACGGCUGGCAGCAGCAGCAGUGCUGAGGAGCCGGACAGCGAGGAGGAGUCGAGGCUGAAGGACUUGCAGGAGCGAGAUGAGUUCGCCAAUCGUCUGAAGCAGCGGGAUGAGGACCGCACACGCAAGGUGGUAGACUCCGCCGGUGGCCGCAAGGCUAUCGAGGAAGCCACCAAACGCUUGAAGCUGGAGCACGAGGAUCGGGACAAGAUCGUGCCACACCUGCGCCUGCAAUCGCGACGCCAGUACCUUGAAAAGCGCAAGGAUGACAAAGUGGCCGAGCUGGAGGCGGAUAUUUUGGACGACGAGUAUCUCUUCGAGGAGAGCGUGUUGACCAAGCGCGAGCGGGAGGAGCGCCAGUACAAAAAGCAGCUGCUGAACAUCGCCAAGGAGCAUGAGAAGGCGCGGGAGCUAGAGCGCGUACAGCGCUAUCACAUGCCGCAGGACAUGAAGAAAGGCGAGCGCUCUGAGUAUGUCGAGGUGGACGACUUCGAGAGGCAGCCCAAUCCCGAGCAAAAGAAGUGGGAAGCCGAGCAGUUGGCCUCAGCCCGUUUCCAGUUUGGCGCCAAGGACGUCAAGGCCGAGGAGGAGUAUGAGCUGCUGUUGGACGAUCAGAUUGAUUUCAUUCAGGCCCUGACGCUCGACGGCAGUCGCGAAAAGUCCUCCAGCCGCCAGCCGGAGUUAACGGAAAAAGAACGCAAACGGCUGACACUGGACGAGACGCGUCGCUCGCUGCCCGUGUAUCCGUUCAAAGAGGAUCUCAUUGCCGCUGUUAAGGAGCAUCAGGUGCUGAUCAUUGAGGGUGAAACCGGUUCGGGCAAGACCACCCAGGUGCCACAAUACCUGAUCGAUGCGGGAUUUACCAAGGACAAGAAAAUGAUUGGCUGCACGCAGCCGCGUCGCGUGGCUGCCAUGUCUGUGGCGGCUCGCGUAGCCGAGGAGAUGGGCGUCAAGCUGGGCAACGAGGUGGGCUACAGCAUACGCUUCGAGGACUGCACCUCGGACCGAACCAUCCUAAAGUACAUGACGGACGGUACGCUGCAUCGUGAGUUUCUCUCGGAGCCCGACUUGGCCUCAUACAGUGUGAUGAUCAUUGACGAGGCCCACGAGCGCACUCUGCAUACGGACAUCCUCUUUGGCCUGGUCAAGGACAUUGCUCGCUUCCGGCCAGAGCUUAAGCUGCUCAUAUCGAGCGCCACCCUUGACGCGGACAAGUUCUCGGCCUUCUUCGAUGAUGCGCCGAUCUUCCGCAUCCCCGGAAGACGAUAUCCGGUGGACAUAUUCUACACAAAGGCGCCGGAGGCGGACUAUAUUGAUGCCUGCUGCGUUUCUGUGCUGCAGAUACACGCCACUCAACCCUUGGGCGAUAUAUUGGUGUUUCUGACGGGUCAGGAUGAGAUCGAGACCUGCCAGGAGGUUUUGCAAGACCGCGUCAAGCGUCUGGGCUCGAAAAUCCGCGAGCUGAUCGUCAUUCCCGUCUAUGCCAACCUUCCAAGCGACAUGCAGGCUAAAAUCUUCGAGCCCACGCCCCCGAAUGCCCGUAAAGUGAUCCUGGCCACCAACAUAGCAGAGACCUCUCUGACGAUCGACAACAUUGUCUAUGUGAUCGACCCGGGGUUUGCCAAGCAAAACAACUUCAAUUCGCGCACCGGCAUGGAGUCCCUGAUGGUGGUUCCCAUUUCGAAGGCAUCGGCAAAUCAGCGAGCCGGUCGAGCUGGGCGCACCGCGCCGGGCAAGUGCUUCCGUCUGUACACGGCAUGGGCGUACAAGCAUGAGCUGGAGGACAACACGGUGCCGGAGAUACAGCGCAUCAAUCUGGGCAACGCAGUGCUUAUGCUCAAGGCCUUGGGCAUAAACGAUUUGAUACACUUUGACUUUUUGGAUCCACCCCCUCACGAGACACUCGUCCUGGCCCUGGAACAGCUCUAUGCUCUGGGUGCUCUCAAUCAUCAUGGGGAGCUGACCAAGCUGGGUCGGCGAAUGGCCGAAUUUCCUGUGGAUCCCAUGAUGGGCAAGAUGUUGCUGGCCAGCGAAAAGUACAAAUGUUCUGAGGAGAUGGUCACGAUUUCGGCAAUGCUGUCGGUGAACAGUGCCAUCUUCUAUCGGCCCAAAGACAAGAUCAUACACGCGGACACGGCCCGCAAGAACUUUAACCACAUGCACGGCGACCACCUGAGCCUGCUGCAGGUCUACAAUCAGUGGGCGGAGACGGACUACAGCACGCAGUGGUGCUACGAAAACUUCAUCCAGUACCGCUCAAUGAAGCGGGCGCGCGAUGUCCGGGAGCAGCUGGUAGGCCUGAUGCAGCGCGUCGAGAUUGACAUGGUCAGUUGCCUGCCGGAGACUAUAAAUGUGCGCAAGGCGGCCACUGCCGGAUAUUUCUACCAUGUGGCGCGCCUCUCCAAGGGCGGCCACUACAAGACCAUCAAGCACAACCAGACGGUUAUGAUUCAUCCGAAUUCUUCGCUUUUCGAGGAGCUGCCCCGCUGGGUGCUCUACCAUGAGCUGGUCUUCACCUCCAAGGAGUAUAUGAGGCAGGUUAUUGAGAUCGAAAGCAAGUGGCUGCUGGAAGUGGCCCCUCAUUACUACAAAGCGAAGGAGUUGGAGGACUCGACGAACAAAAAGAUGCCUAAGGGCGCUGGGCGGGCCGAAAUGACACAAUAAAUCUGUGGUUUCUCUCUUUCCAAUUUUCCAAUUUUAUGUUUGAAUCUAACUUAUCGAUAACACUUGAUUCCGUUGUGAGGAGUAGAGUUCAAGUAAAAUCCAUGUGAACUGCCAUUUCAAAAC